AUGCGGGAGAGGUCGGACAGUGUUGUCCAUGCUUAUGUUGCUGUGCCAUUCAACCUUGUUUGUGAUCGGAAGCACCUGAAGCAGACCUUGCAGUCGGUGUUCAUGGCUGGAUUUCUUGCUGGGACCUUCAUCUUCGGGCCCCUCAGUGACCGGAUUGGUCGAAGAGUCUGUAUCCUGGUGCAGCUGCUCCUGAUUGCCAUCGUGGGGCUGGCCACAGCCUUUGUGCCCAGCUUUGAGCUCUACAUGGCUCUGUGUUUUUCUCUGGCUACUGCUGGUGCUGGAUCUCCUAUUUUCCUGCUCUUCUUCUACUUCUGGCUUCUGCCAGAAUCUUCCUGGUGGCUCCUCAUCCAGGGGAAGUUGGAGCAGGCCAAACAACUGCUCAGGAAGGCAGCCUUGGUCAACAGGCGGGAGCUCUCCACAGAGCUCCUGAGCCAGGUACCUGCAGCAGGCCCAGGCCCAGCCCUGCCCCAGACCUGCCCUUCUCAGAUCUUCCCUGGCCCCUCACUCUGCGUCUCCUUCCAGCUGCUCCCAGAGGAGAAAGGCGCCUCGGGUAAUGCCUUAGAUCUUUUCAAACAUCCCUGUCUGCGGAAGGUGACCCUGAUUCUCAUCUGUGUCUGGUUUGUGGACAGCCUGGUGUACUAUGGCCUUAGCUUCCAAGUGGGGGAAUUUGGCCUGGACAUCUACCUGACACAGCUGGUAUUUGGAGCAGUUGAAGUGCUUGCCUGCCUUUUUGUCAUCUUAAUGUUGGAGAGGUUGGGCCAAAAGUGGAACCAGUGUGGGACGCUGAUUGUGGGUGGUGUCAUGUGUAUCUCCACUGUCUUCAUCCCUUCAGAUCAGCCCAUGGUGGUCACCGUGCUGACUGUGCUGGGAAAGUUUGCCACAGCUGCCAGCUUUACUGUCUCCUAUGUGUACAUGGCUGAGGUCUUCCCCACCGUCAUCCGGCAAACGGGCAUGGGGCUGGUGAGCAUCUUCUCAAGGAUCAGGGGCAUCCUCACACCACUUGUCCUCCUGUUGGGCAACUACCACGUGGCCCUCGCUAUGAUCAUCUUCGGCAGCACCCCCAUUGUGGCAGGGGUGCUCUGUGUCCUGCUGCCAGAGACAUGUGGCAAGAGCCUGAAAGACACCAUCCAGGACCUAGAUCAGCAGUCCCAUCCAGGGUCUUUGCAUACAGAGACACCAACAAAAGAAAAGUAGCCUGAUGGAGAUGACUACCAAGCAGACCUCAGAAGGAC